CUCUUCUUAGUAACCUCCUAAGCCAUGAAAUAGUCGCAAAGGCCCUUUCUUCGUCUUCGUUUCUAAUUGCUUUCGACGACAAUCGAUCGUAGAGAAGUCUACCUCGUAGACAUCUCUCUCACAAAUCCAAUUCAAUUACCAUUGUUUGUUAUUAUCUGAUGUCGAAUAUGCAAUUCUCUCGUGGUUUUAAUCCCUUUGUUAUCCUCUUCUGUCUCGCCGUGGUUGCACCAAUUAUAUCGGCUGAUGUCGCUAUCUUGAGAACGGACUAUUACCAAAAAACAUGUCCUGAUUUCCACAAAAUUGUGCGUGAAGCCGUUACAACCAAACAAGUCCAACAACCAACAACUGCGGCCGGGACCCUCCGUCUCUUUUUCCAUGAUUGUUUCCUUGAAGGUUGUGAUGCAUCUGUCUUGAUCGCGACCAACUCGUUCAACAAAGCGGAACGCGAUGAUGAUCUCAAUGAUUCCCUCCCGGGAGAUGCUUUUGACAUCGUCACCCGCAUCAAGACAGCUCUCGAGUUGUCUUGUCCUGGUGUAGUAUCAUGCGCGGAUAUUCUAGCGCAGGCUACACGUGACCUUGUCACAAUGGUAGGAGGACCUUACUUUGACGUAAAGCUUGGUCGUAAAGACGGAUUCGAAUCCAAAGCUCAUAAAGUCAGAGGAAAUGUCCCAAUGGCAAACCAGACUGUUCCUGACAUCCACGGGAUAUUCAAGAAAAACGGUUUUAGUCUUCGCGAGAUGGUAGCAUUAAGCGGGGCUCACACCAUUGGAUUCUCUCACUGCAAAGAGUUUUCCGACAGACUCUACGGAUCCCGUGCUGAUAAAGAAAUCAACCCGCGAUUCGCAGCCGCUCUCAAAGAUCUUUGCAAAAACCACACCGUGGAUGAUACAAUCGCCGCGUUUAACGACGUGAUGACUCCAGGAAAGUUCGACAACAUGUACUUCAAGAACCUAAAGCGAGGGCUAGGGCUUUUAGCGUCUGACCACAUCCUUAUUAAAGACAACAGCACCAAGCCGUUUGUGGAUCUAUACGCAACUAACGAGACAGCAUUCUUUGAGGAUUUCGCUCGUGCGAUGGAGAAACUUGGCACGGUCGGCGUCAAGGGCGAUAAAGAUGGAGAAGUGAGACGUAGGUGCGACCACUUCAACAAUCUCAACGUUUAAGAAGAAAAAGAAAACACAAAACCAUAUAAAUAUAAUAUUAUUUCUGUUUUAUUUGCGGAGGAGUUGAGGAGAAGAAAGGUUUGGUUGGUAUAUAUGUUUAAUAACUACCUAUUAUAAGCAAGAUCUUGUAACAAUUCAAGUUGGGAUGUUUAAUUUUUCCAUGAAAAUUCAAACUGUUGUAUUGAAAGUAUAUAGAUAAAAUAACAUAUUAUAUAUCGAACAAUUGUAGUUAACAUACAUUUUGUAGUUGAUAUUUGAUAAUGUUACACAACAAUCAAUUCAUUUGUUUCCAGUUAAAUGACAGAAAUCACAGAAUUAGAGAGGAUUAUUGUCAUUUCAUUAAUUUCCACUGCAAUAUGAAUAUACUA